AUGGAUGCAUCUAACAGCCCUUUCAGCAACCUUGAUCUGUGGUGCGACUGGUCAGGCGAGCCCAAUGACCCUGUCGAGGUCGUCGUCUCUGUCGAGGUCUGGUGUACCCCGUACAAUCAUCUCCCUGUCCUGAACACUCGCACUUCAUCUGCUAUGGAGAUCGUGAAGUACGGCAUCAACUUGAAGGAGGCCAAACCCGAAAAAGCCGAGUCGGUUUCUGGGGGCUUGCGCACACGAGAGCCGCCCAUCGAGAUCCGCGAAGUGAGAGAACCUUCGACACCCGCUGAUCAAGUUGACACUGAGGAUGCGGACUUGCCUGACGAAUACACGCCAUCCGUCUACUCUGACCCGGACAGUACUAUCCUACGGUCGGCCAGUCAAGUUCAGGACUCUGGAUCGCCUGAUCCUUUCUACACCAGGCUGUUAGCUGUGGAUGACGAGACACCUUUGGCGAGCCCGAAUCCGCGCAAGAGGACUGCAAAGGCUGCGUCGUUGCCUGACUCGGUCACAGACUCUGAGAGGUCGUACGGUGGCUCCAAGCACAAGGCUCUGACUGCCGAUUCGAUGAAGCAAAUCGGCUCUUCUACGUCGAAACAUUCCACAAAGCCGAGCCUCAUUCCUCGACCUGUCAGUUCUCUUGGUCAUUUUGGAAGGGAGGUGACCAACAAUACUCUGCCUGUCUCCAUGGACUAUAGGUCUGCCCUGGUGGAGGGAUAUCGGCGGCUGGAGGCGAGCUUUCCCCUAGGUGUUGGCAAAGAGAAUGAUCCCAUAGGGAGAAACUCUGCGGAGAGGAACCGUUCGAAUGCCCCAUCUCCUGAGACUCCAAGGGUUAGCCUGGGCCGAGUUGAACGUACGGGCGAGAACAGACCCCUGCAGGAUUGUGAGAGCUUUUCUACGGAUGUAUCGCAGGGCAGUCCACCCGACAUGAGCUUGCUUUCGUCCAGUCUUGACAGUCCCACUUCACUGGACAAUGCCGAUUCGUCUGGAGGAGUACAUCUCCAGCAAUGCGACCUACCCCAACGCUCCAGCUUUCCGGAACCAAAUCAUACACCCGACACAGGUCCCUGUUUGAUCUUGACUGACGGAAUUUUCCAUGUCCGAACCCCAAUCGACAUGAAGCCCGCAGCAUACGAAGUUUCCAUCACUAUCUCACUACCCCUGCAAAAGGGAAGACCAAGAGGUUGGUGGGAGCUCAUCGUUCCGGGAUUGCCCCGGCUUGCACGGAAUGAACAUGGCUACGUUUACUUCCGUACACCUCCAGGCCAGGGAAUGGAAUUUCGCACUACACAUUUUAAGCGGUACAGCCUCGUGGAAAGCUGCUUGAUGGCCCAAUUCUUAAUUCCGUCGAAACUCGUCCUUUCCCUCCGACCCUGCGAAUCCCGAUUCUACGGCUUCCUCAAGGACUUUAAAGUGACACAGGCCAUUCGCGCCGAAGUGGUGGCGGACGAAGACAAAGAGUCACUUUUUCACGUCAUCAAAUACCGUGCCGUGUGCUCAAUUGAUCUCAUCCAGCGCGAUUUCUGGGCCGAGUCAUGCGGUUUCCACGUCUGGAUCCAUGGCGGGCCUGAGGGCGAAUACCUUUGUCACCUACCCAAGGAACGACGACGAUUUCAAACAAUCCGCCUAAAUGCUUCGGCGCCUGAGCUCAUCGGAGUCUCUGAGCUUCAGAUCAUCUGCAAUCCCACUCAUCUGGGAAUGUUUGUCCUGGCGUGGGAGGCCAAGGUCCCACGCCAGAAAAGUGCAAUGUGGAUGCCGCGUAUCAAAGCGAGUCUGGAUAAAGCGGACAUUGAGGAAGGUCUGCAGGCCGAGUUUGAGGUCGCCGAGUCCCCAAAAAUGCUUGAUAUGGUACGUGCCGACUCCAAAGAUAGCAACGAACUUCGAAAUACGCGGCAUAAGGGCGCGUCGUUCUGGAAAAGAUUCCGGCAAGUCUGCUUCGGUCUGUUGCUCUUGCUCAUACUCGCUCGUCUUGCGUAUCGUGUUCAUGAGAUACGGUGCAUUUGCCCUGUUGCUGAGGCACAGCCCGUGUCAGGAGUUCAGGGUGAACAUAUCAACGGGACACCGGUGGAGGAGUCAGUUCCAGAGCCAGUGAAGUUGCUCGUGCAGCGGGUCAUCAUUCCCGCCUCUAUGCCUCUGCGAGACCGUAUCGACUAUCUUCUGGGUUGGAGGGGGCCUAUUCUUAUGGUUUAG